CUUAGAUCAAAGGAAAGAUACACUCUUCAUCAAACCUCAUCCACCCAAAACACAUACAACAAAUGUCUCGCAAUCCAUCUCUUAUCUCUCUCUCCUUAUGAUUCCUUUUCUUAUACUCCCUUGAAAUCUUCUCCUACAUUUUCAUUUUCAUCUCCUCUCCAAUGGCGUCUACUUUGAAUGCUGCUGUCUCCCUCACCUCUUCAAAAUCUUCUUCCCUUCCAGCUACAAGCUAUGCCAUUGCUCCUGACAGGAUCAGGUUUGCCAAGGGUGCUUUUAACUACAAAAGCAACAAUGUGGUGACAAGCAGAAGAUUGGUUUCAGUAAGAGCCGAAGUCACAACAACAGAUACUCCUCCGGUGAAGAAAGUAGAGAAAGAGUCAAAGAAGAACGAGGAAGGUGUGAUUACAAACAAGUACAGACCAAAGGAGCCUUACACUGGCAAAGUCCUUCUCAACACCAAAAUCACAGCAGAUGAUGCUCCUGGAGAGACCUGGCACAUGGUUUUCAGCCAUCAAGGAGAAAUCCCCUACAGAGAAGGACAAUCUGUUGGUGUGAUUGCAGAUGGUAUUGACAAGAACGGGAAGCCUAACAAGGUCAGGCUUUACUCCAUUGCAAGCAGCGCUCUUGGAGAUCUCGGCAACUCUGAAACUGUUUCUUUGUGUGUGAAGAGGCUUGUAUAUACUAAUGAUGCAGGAGAGGUUGUUAAAGGAGUCUGCUCAAACUUCUUGUGUGACUUGAAACCAGGAAGUGAUGUCAAGCUCACUGGUCCUGUAGGAAAAGAAAUGCUUAUGCCUAAGGACCCAAAUGCCACUGUUAUUAUGCUUGCCACAGGGACAGGAAUAGCUCCUUUCAGGUCUUUCUUGUGGAAGAUGUUCUUUGAGAAACAUGAUGACUACAAGUUUAAUGGCUUAGCUUGGCUGUUCUUGGGUGUACCAACCACUAGUUCAUUGCUCUACACAGAUGAGUUUGAUAAGAUGAAAGCAAAGGCACCAGAGAACUUCAGGGUUGAUUACGCGAUAAGCAGAGAACAAGCAAACGAUAAAGGAGAGAAAAUGUAUAUCCAGACAAGAAUGGCGCAGUACGCACCUGAGCUAUGGGAGUUGCUGAAGAAAGACAACACGUUUGUGUACAUGUGUGGGCUUAAGGGCAUGGAGAAAGGAAUUGACGACAUCAUGGUCUCAUUAGCUGCUAAUGACGGUAUUGACUGGUUUGAUUAUAAGAAGCAGUUGAAGAAGGCAGAGCAAUGGAACGUUGAAGUCUACUGAUUUUAACAUUCCAUAGUGUCAUUUUUUCAGAUCCAAGUUUCUGUAAUCUGAACAUAAAGUUUAUGUUUUAGAUAAUACAUUAUACUGAAAAGGGGUUCUUAAAUCUUUUAACAUUUCAUUCAUUACCAUUACUUUGCUAUAAUAUAAAUUGGUACAUUGA